AUGUGCGGUAUCAUUGCUGUGAUCCACGGCGAUCCCAAGUCGCAAUCGGCUUCGGUCGAGGUGCACGAUGCUCUCUACCUCCUCCAACAUCGCGGCCAAGAUGCUGCCGGAAUAGUCAGUUGCAGUGCCGGUGGUCGCUUCCACCAGUGCAAGGGCAACGGUAUGGCGUCGCGCGUCUUCCAGGAUGGCGCCCGCGUGUCCGACCUCCCCGGCUUCAUGGGCCUCGGCCACCUGCGAUACCCUACCGCCGGCAGCAGCGCGAACGCGGAGGCUCAGCCCUUCUACGUCAACAGCCCCUACGGUAUCUGCAUGACCCACAAUGGCAACCUCAUCAACGCGCCGGCACUGCGCCAGCGACUCGAUCACGAGGCCCACAGGCACAUCAACACCGAGAGCGAUAGUGAGCUCAUGCUCAACAUCUUCGCCGACGAGCUCAACGAGACGGGCAAGGCGCGUAUCAACGCCGACGACUGCUUUGCGGCGCUGGAGAGGAUGUACAAGCUCUGCACUGGCGGAUGGGCCUGCACGGCCAUGCUUGCGGGAUUCGGCCUCAUCGGUUUCCGCGACCCGUACGGUAUUCGACCCAUGGUGCUCGGCUCUCGCAAGUCGCAGGACGGCAAGAGCAUGGACUAUAUGAUGGCCUCGGAGAGCGUUGCGCUGGUCCAGUGCGGCUACAAGGACUUCUUCGAUAUCCUCCCCGGCCAAGCUGUCAUCAUCGAGAAGGGCAAGGAACCCGUCUUCAGGCAAGUCGCCAAGCAAGAAGCGUAUACCCCGGAUAUCUUCGAAUACGUCUACUUCGCGCGACCUGACUCUGUCAUUGACGGCAUCGACGUAGAUGAGAGCCGACGCAACAUGGGCUUCACUCUCGCCGAGACCAUCAAGAAGCAGCUUGGUCCCAAGACCAUGGCUGAGAUCGACGUGGUUAUGCCGAUUCCUGAGACUUCGAUUACUUCUGCGUUGUGCGUUGCUGAGGCUCUCGAAAAGCCAUACGUACAAGGUUUCGUCAAGAACCGCUACAUCUUCCGCACAUUCAUCAUGCCAUCGCAACAACUACGACAGAAGGGCGUCCGGGCCAAGCUGAAUCCUAUGAAGAAGAAGUUCGAAGGCAAGAACGUGCUGCUGGUGGACGACUCCAUCGUUCGCGGUACUACGUCGCGUGAGAUUGUCCUGAUGGCGCGAGAAGCGGGGGCCAAGAAGGUCUACUUUACCUCGUGUGCACCGCCAAUCACCAAUGCCCAUAUCUACGGUAUCGAUUUGGCCUCUUCCUCGGAACUGAUUGCCCACCACCGCGACUCAGCAGCCAUUGCUAAGCACAUUGGCGCGGAUGAUGUCGUUUACCAGAACCUCGAGGAUCUACAGAGCGCUUGCGCACGCCUCUCUCCUCGUGAUCCUGCGACGCAAAAGUUCGAGGUUGGUGUCUUCUGCGGAAAAUAUGUCACACCCGUCGAUGCUGGCUAUUUCGAGCACCUCGAGAGAAUACGCGGAGAGAGCCGCAAACAAAAGGUCAUGGAGAAGGCACGAGAGGCUGUCGUACAUGGUACGGCCAAUCCUCAACAGGUGCGCAUGGCUGCCAAAGGCGUUGAGGUCGACCAACACGGCAACGUCAUCCCAUCGGAUGGCAAUGGGCAACCCGAUUGGCACCCAGCCAACGGUGUCAGCCAGACAUCCACGAGUGAUGCCCUCGCUAACGGUAACGGGGAAGAGCGACGCGUUACCAGCAGCCAGGACAUCAGCUUACACAACAUGCACGAUUACAACUGA